GUCAUCACGUGGGUCCUGUUCUUGAAGAAGAAUGAAGACCCAGACUGGGCACCCAAGCUUGGGGGGGUAGUCCUGACCCCAAUGCAGAGAUGGCUACUGCUGGCGGCUAUCACAACCAUCGUUUUGCUCCUCUGGGUUGGCGGAGUCAUCUUCAAUGCUGCGUUGAUGUAUCUGCUCUUCUUCCUGGUGCAUGGCCUGCUACACGAUCCAGCGGCCCGGGGAGUUCCUGGAGGAGAGCCUGUGCCCAUCUGA